AUGAAUUCUGAGAAUUCUCGAUGGAAGUCAGAUGAUGUGUGGAAUAAAGAUUUCCAUUUUAAUGGAGUGGACAAGCGAAACAGAUUUCAAUCUAAACGGGAUCAAUAUCAUUUGAGGUAUGAUAGUCAAUCCUUCUACAUUACAAACUUCCCAAAAACUAUUCUACCUUCUGAUUUAUGGUGUGAUUGUGGUUGUCUGGGUAAGAUUGUCGAAGUUUUUAUUUCUAAUAAGAAGUCUCGAAUGGGGAAAAGGUUUGGCUUUGUCAGAUUUUUCGGUAAGAGGUCAAGACAAGGGAAUAAAGAAUUGGAUAAUGUUGCAAUGGGGAAUAAAGAACCAGUUAAUGUUGCUAUUGUUCUUAAUUCUGGGGAUUUUAUUAUUAGAAAUAAAAAGCUUGCAUAUCUAGCAAAGGCAAGAGAUUUUCUACCUUAUCGAAUCUUAGGAUGUUAUGUCAUGAUGAAGGUUUUGUGGAUUUUCAAAUUCGAUAUGCGUGGGGCCUUUGGGUGA